AGAAUACGUACUUUCAUAUUGAUAUCAUUGCGGUUGGUUUGAUCACGCUGUAAUUUUGUAGGAACUGUUAACAGAAAUAUUGCUAAAGAAAUGAUUUAGUGUCAUGUUUUAGAAUGAGGAAAUUGAAAUAUAAGAGAAAUUUCAUUACCGUAGUUCUUGUUAUGAACUGUAAAACAGUAUGAUGUGACCGGCAAAUAUGAAAAGAAACUUCUGAUAGUAUAUUGAUCUACAUUGUUUAUAUCUGUUUGUGACUCAUGGAGCACAUGUCCAUACACUGAGAUGUUGCAGACAACAUGGAUUGCAUUAGUUCUUGGCUUUUGGUCAUCUCUUUACCUCCUUGAUGCAUUUUUGAAGACACAGAAAUGGUCAGGUCGUCAAUACAUAGAAAGAUUAGACAAGACUGGAUUGUCUGUUUCUAUUUGCCAAUUAAGAUGGUAUACAGCUUUGUUCAACAGGACAUUUGUCAAGUUGGGACAAUGGAGACCACAUUUUCUGAGAGUCUGGUUUAACUGUGGAGUUGUUUUUGGACUGCUGGCAAUGAUUAUGUCUAUACUUUUGUUGACUUUAUUGGUAUUUAACACUUUCCGACAGCAACCAGUAGAUCAGCAAGUUUUGACACCUGUUAUGCCAGGAAUCAACUUACCGAUCUCUCAAAUGUCCUACUAUCUGUUGACAUUACUGGUUUGUGGAAUCUUACAUGAAGUAGGCCAUGCUAUUGCUGCUGUCAGGGAACAAGUAAGAGUAAAUGGUUUUGGUUUGUUUAUAUUUAUUUUAUACCCAGGAGCGUAUGUGGAUUUAUCAACAGAGCACUUACAAGCAGUCUCCCCACUACGUCAGUUGAGAAUUUACUGUGCUGGAGUGUGGCAUAAUUUUGUAAUUGUUGUAUUAGCGUUAUGUGUGCUGUUGAUACUACCUUUACUACUGGCUCCAUUCUACGGUACUGGAGAGUCUGUGGUUAUAACUCAGGUCACAGAGAACUCAGCCGUAUCUGGACCAAGAGGUCUUGCAGUAGGAGAAGCAAUAACCAGUUUAAGUGAUUGUCGUGUCACUAGUCUUGAUGACUGGACUACAUGUAUUUCUGUCAGUAUGAAAGAACCAACUAUGGGACAUUGUAUGGCUUUGAAUUUAAUUAAAGAUUUGGAUGCAUCCCCUAAAAACUGGACUCGAACAGAGAAAUCUAUCGACUGUUGUAAUAGGAGUAGCAGUACACACCUGUGUUUUAACUAUCAUACAAAGACUGCUCCCCAUGAUAAAUUUGCUUGUUUGCCAGCAAGAGCUAUAACUGAGAGACCCAUGUGUAAAUUACAAAGUGAUUGUUAUAUACCAAAGGGUGAUGUUUGUGUAUAUCCUGCCUUAGAUAAUGAAACCAAAUUACUUCAAGUUUACCAUGGACGUAAACCACCAUUGCUGUUUCUGGGUCAUCCACUUGACCUUCAUUACUCUGUUGUACUGAGUAAUUAUGUACCAAAAAGUUUUGCUAUUCCAUUGAAUCUACCAUAUGUUGUAGAAACUUUCAGCAAAUAUUUAAUAUCUCUCUCAGGAGCAUUAAUAAUACUGAAUGUUGUACCCUGUUAUGCUUUAGAUGGCCAGUGGAUAUGUCAUGGGUUUAUAGAGAUAGCUCUACGAUCUACUAUAUCAGACAGAGAAACUAGAGGACUUAUUUAUACUGUGAUAAUCCUAUAUGGAACAUGUUUGUUAUUUAUAAAUGUAGUCAUAGCAAUGUGGGCGUUGUUUUCAUAGCAUUAAUUGUCUAUUUCAUCCAAGAAACUUGAUGCGUUAUAAAUUAUUGUAUCCACACUAUACAAGUGUGCUAUAUUAAAUUCACCUUGUCAAUCUGUCUGUUCGUCAGUCCGUCCAACAAAUCUUUUCAUCACACAUUUCUCUUGCAAUACUGAAGAGAAAGUCUAUAUACUUGGUCAGAAGCUUGGUACUGCUGAACAGAACAACUUCUUAUUUAGUCAAUGUCUUAUAAUUUUUGAUUUUUAAUGAGCAUUUUUCUGUACCGUAUAUGAAUUAAGAACAUAUGAUACAUGAAUAUAUAGGAUACAGAUACUGUUAUUACAUGGACUGACAUUUUUGAGAUUUGGCAGUUUUUGUUAAAAUGAUAUUUCCUGUGAAGAAAAUUUUCCCAUUUUUUAACAGCUGUGGUCUCACUUUUUUCAUGUAUAAAAAUCUUCAAAAUUCGUUUUAUUUGAAAUUUAAAGCUGAAACUUUUACAAACUCAUCAGAGACCAGAAAUUUAACCACUUUGUGGCAUCUUUGUCUUUUGUUUGACAUUCAUCUUGUUUGAAAUGGACAAUUAACGAUACAUUUUCAACAAACUACAAACUCUUCAAUUGUUUUAAAUCACUGAAUCAAUACUUCCUACUUAAAAACAGAUUAUUGUGCAGUUUUGUUUUUCUUCAAAUUGUUGAAAUGUUAAAUUUUCAAAGUUUAAGUUUAGAGUUUAAUGAACUGAAAUAAUGUGUUUAAUAUUGUUGACCUGGAAGUUACUUUGUUUAAAUAUAAUAUAUAUCUCCCUAGCGUUAAUCCCUUAAAUCGAAAAAGGGCUUCUGUUAGCCAUGACAACAUUUUACUUUAAUAUGUAUUUGUAUUCACAUCCACAGUAUUCAUCUUAAUAAUGUGUGGAAGAAUUCAAUCCUAGCCUAAAACAUUAGUCAAUAAAGAUGUGAAUGUAUGGAUAAACAUAUAUGAAGAUUUAGGUAUGAUAAACAUUGUGAUAUAGAAUAGACAAAAUACAUGGAUAGAGAGAGUAAGUUAAAGUGUAUAAGUGAGGGGCACACAUGUGUGAAAUAAGUGUAGAUGUGGUUUGUUUGUUCUUCAUUUUGUUUAAUGUGCAGAAUGAUAUCAUUAUGACUUUUAAAAAUUAAAUAGCAAAAUGAGUUGUUUACAUAUGUUUAAAUGUAUAAUAUGAAACAUCAUUAUUAAACAUCAUCAAACAUGCAUGUUUUUGUAUAACUCUUUCAUAAUAUACAUUUCAGUGUUAUUCUAAUUAUUUCUCAUACAAUAAGAAUUAAAAAUUACAGUAUAAAAUACCUAAUAAAGGACAUUGUAAUUAAAACAUGAUACUAAGUCUUUUAUCAUAGGAAUAAAAAGUCUGUACAAAUAAUUUUAUAAUCAUCAUCAUUUUGCUACAAAUGAUAUAUGUCUAAACUUUAGGCAUCCAGCCAGAGGAAUGUAAUAUAUUGUUAAUAACUUUAAUGAAUUUAUACGCUUUUAAACAAAGCUGAGAAGAUGGCUCAAUAUUUAGGGGGUAAAUAAUGCACAAUCAGUAAUUUGCAUGAAUUUGCAGAUAUUCAUUCAUUUCAUCUUUGUCAGAUCUCAAAUGUCUGUGGUUGUUUUAGGCUAAACUUCAUUAGAUUUUUGUUUCGAUUCUUCAUUUGCUGUUUUUAUGUAUUCUUUUACUUUUAUACUUGUAAAUGUUUUUAAGAUAUGUUUAUUGUUCAUUUUAUUUGAUCAUAUAUACAUGAAACUGUUGGAUAUUUUUCUUUGCUGGUUCAAUGAGAUUUUACCUUUUUGUUUUAAAAUCUAUAGUUCAAAUUCAUUUGGAACAGGAACUAUGAAAAAGUAUAAUAGAUAAAAUUUAAGAACAGGUUAAAUUUGAUAGCAUCAUGGGAAAAGCAUAUUGGAUACUCUUUAUUUCUAAAUUUUAUUUUUUUCUUUUUUUUUAAGCAAAGACUAUAUCAUGUGUAUUUAUAAAGUAAAACAUUUUAUUGUUAACACUUACAUAUGAUACAUUUGCCUCUUUUUCAUUUGUUUCCCUUUUCUAAAAGAUUUGUCUAUUUAACACAUGGAUCACUGUUAAAUCUCUGGACAACUCCUGUGGAGCUACUCUACUGAUACUAUUUUAUGUUAGAUCUUCAACAGGGUGUGCAGUAUUUAUCAUUGAUUAUUGGUAUUUCUAGUGAGCCAAGACUUUUACAUGGUGCAAACCCCCUUAUUAACCUGUUUAUGUUAUUAAAACUUUGGAAGGUUUUACAGAAUGGAAAGGACUUUAGGAGUUUGCUUAGCAUAAACAUUUACUCUUCAAUUAUUUACACUGAAAUGUACAGUUUAAUGAAAAACUAAGGGAGAUAACUCAUGUUCUACGGAAGGAUCAUGUUUUAAGUUAUGGAGGGAAAAGUUAUUGUGGGUUGCUUUAUAUAAUGCUAUAUUGAGAUUAACAUUUGAAGUACAAGAUACACUGUACAAUUAGAUAUUUCAAUGAAUUGUAAAAAAUAAAUUAGUUAUAAAAAGUAGUUGCAAUAUGAUAGUAUAUAUUUUGAAUGUGUGUUAGAAUAAAUGAAAUUAUGGGACCAGAAAUUUGGAACAAAUAAAAAACAUAUCGCUA